AUGGAGUUGAAAUGUAUGGUACAGUCUUACGAUUGGGGCAAGCAUGGAAUCGACAGUACUGUUGCCACAUUGACAAAAUCUGCAAAUACAGAUUUUAUCCUAGAUGAAACUAAACCAUAUGCAGAACUUUGGAUGGGUACGCAUCCCAAUGGUCCAUCAUAUUUAAAAAAAGAAAAUAAAUCUCUUGACAGUUAUAUAAAAGAAAAUAAAGAAGUUUUGGGUGUAGCAGUCGAAGAAAAAUUUGGCAUUCAAUUACCUUUUCUUUUUAAAAUUUUAUCUGUUAACAAAGCUCUAUCGAUUCAAGCCCACCCAAAUAAGGAACGUGCUGUACAAUUACAUCGAUCUCAUCCAGAUAUAUACAAAGAUCCUAAUCAUAAACCGGAGUUAGCAAUAGCCCUAACACCGUUCGAAGCAUUAUGUGGAUUCCGUCCUAUUUCAGAAAUAAAACAAUAUUUAAAAUCUGUUCCGGAGUUACGUACUAUUAUAGGUGAAGACAAGGUACUUGAAUUGAUGACAAUGGAUGAAGCAGGGUUGCCUGCUGCACUAAAAAAAUGUUUUCAAAAUUUUAUUAAUUGUGAUCCUGGCGUAGUGGCGUUGCAAUUACGAAAGUUAUUAGAUCGCAUAGCGAGUUUAGAUGAAUCAACUAGACAAAUUUUGAAUGCUAAUUUGCUUGAGCGGUUACAUUCCGAAUAUCCAGGUGAUAUAGGCUGUUUUGGAAUUUAUUUAUUCAAUUUUAUAACAUUACAACCUGGAGAAGCUAUAUAUCUGGGACCAAAUGAGCCACAUGCUUACCUUUCUGGUGAUUGUGUUGAGUGCAUGGCGUGUUCUGAUAAUGUCAUACGAGCAGGUUUGACACCAAAACUUAAAGAUGUGACGACAUUAGUUGAAAUGUUAACGUACAACUGUGAACCAAGUUCAGCCAAACGAUUUCAACCGUCACGAGAAGACGAAUGUUCUGAGAUCUUUCGACCUCCUGUACCUGACUUUGCUGUUGUCAAAAUUACCAUACCUCCGGGAAGAGCAUUGUAUAAUCUCAUUCCGAGGAGUACAGCAAGUAUUCUCAUCAUAAUUAAUGGAAAGGCAGAAAUAUCACCGUUGAAAAUUCUCAAUCGAGGUUCGGUACUUUUCAUCCCGGCAAAUGAGAAAGUGAUCGUAAAGGUGCUAUGUGGAUGCCAUCCCAUGCUGAUGUUCCAGGCAUUACCAAAUGUUUGAAAAACAAGUGGAUCUCUAAUGGACUUUUGAUUAUGUCCUAUCAAGGAUAGCAUGUUUUCAAUAAUCAUGGCCGAAUAGUGAAAAUGAAACACAUCUUUGUCCCUUAACUUUUAUUAUAAACGUAAAAUUCUUCAUAACAUCUCUUAAAGUAACCGAGAUUUUUUUACAUUAUGAAAUAUUCUAUCGAAUUUAUAUUUCUCAUAAUUUUUUUUUUUUUUUUUAAAUAAUAGCAAAUAGCUAAGCACGUACAUUUUUUAUCUCUAGGUUAUCCGAAACGUUUGUGAAAAAUGUGUACUGCAUAUAGUGUUCACAUCAAACUAAAAGAAUAACGUUAAUGUUGUUUUUGCCCUAACAUAUCUAGUUAAAGAAGUUACGAAGAAACAUCAUCUGUGAAAUUUAGUGAAACAGUCAAGGUACUAGGAGAUAACAUGCCCAAAUUCCAUUUGUAGUGAUGACAUUAGUAAUUAAAAUAUUUCUUAUACUACAAGCCGUGUAAUAGAUGUUACUAGUCAUUACAGUUUUAACCCAUUGCACUAUUCGGAACCUCGGGAAAUGUCAGGCCAAAUGCGGCUGCCUAGAUUGUCGCGGUGAAAGGCGAGCGGUGGAGCGCGCGUGCCGAAACUUGAGACCUAUUCUUACCAUCGAGCGCAAAUGAGUCAUGCCCGUAUUUACUUCACGCGAUGAAACUCUUGUGAAAUUCAAAUGAAUUUGAAUCAAAAACUUUAAAAAAAUACUUUAGUUAUUACAUAAGAUGAAAACAAAUUCUGAUUAAUUAUAAUAAUAUAAUUAAUUACUAACAAAAUAAAAAUAUGUAAAACCAAAUCCACGGUAGUAGUAUUUGAACAUCAAACCUAAAACUGAAAAACGCAAUUUAAAUAAAAUAUUAAAUAUCAACAAAUUAUUAAAUUGAAAAAUACUUAUAAGUAUAAAUUUAAUAUUCUUGCAUGGUAUGAUAUAUUCUAAAGCAUUCCGGUACAUACUUGGUCCAAAACUAAGACGACGAGUCAGACUCGUGAUAUUCAUGUUCGACCUGAAAUGUCGAGUACGAGUCAAGCUCGUGAUAUUCACGUUUGGUCUGGAACUGAACAACGAGCCCGACUCGUGACAUCCGUGUUUGGCCUAAAAUUUUCAUCAAGAGUCAGACUCGUCAAUAUAGUGCAAGGGGUUAAGCAGUUGAUUAUUGAGACUAAGCCUUUUUAAAGUGUACAUAUUAUUUGAAAUAUAUUUAUUUAUCGGCAGAUUUUAACCAGAACUUUAUUAUUUUGAUAAAAUAUCAAUCCGCUUCCAAUCGAGUUCAAAUUCUAAUGUAGAUUAAUCUAUUAUAAGGUACUUAGAAAUCUCGAAUGGCAACAUGUUUCACGAAAAACAUAUGUAUACAAAACAAAAUUGCUAAAAAAUGCUUAUGUUUUUACUGGUGUAGUAUUGAAAUAUGGCUGGUAUAUGUACAAAAACAAUUCACUUGUAUAUUUGCAGAUAGCAGAAAUAAAACGUUUAAAGGAUGGAAUAUAAAA